UUUCAUGCUAGCUUGCUGCAGCGGAUGAUACUUCUUAUCCAUUGUUUGGGAAAAACUUAUUGUGUCUUGUAUAUGAUUAGCAUUUCAGUAUAGUAUUACCCCAAUUACUGAGCCAAAUCCUUUUUUUAGUUCAGUGUUGAGCUGAUGGGCCUGAUAUUUGAGAUCAUGAACAAAUGAUCACCUAUUUGAAGCUUAUUGGAUCAAUCCGUUUGCUUGCUUAACUUGCUCCAUAAAGUUUGCUCCUAGCUUGUUCAGAUGUUUGAACUAGAAAGUAGAUGAAGUUCCCUGCAAUAGUAAAAUAGAAUGCUAAAUGGUUCCAAAUGCAUAUUACCAAUGUAUUUUCAGCUUAAUCUAUGCAUUUUGAAGAACUUGUCUAUGCUAUGAAGCAAAGAGAAUUGAUGCAAAUCCCUAGAGAUACCAGAAGUACAAGCUAAUUUAUGUUUUCUAAUACUGUAGUCACCACAAUCGAUUUGGGUGCAUUGGCCAACAUAUUCUAGCUAUUCUCAAACCAUGACAACAUUUUUUUUAUUUUGGUAAAAUUUACGAAAUCAGCGCAAAUGGGAUUUCCUUGUUCAUCUAGUGUUUUUUUAUAUAUGAGCACCAGCCGCUCCUAUACUCUGUCGUAUGAGAUUUGUUUUGAAGGCCAUUAUCUGUGCACAAGUAGUUACUUAUGUGGCAUGGCAAAUGGAGUAGUUCUGCUCUUCUCAGGGACGUUUUUUUAUCUCUUCUCCAGAUAACAUAUUAGCAAAUUGAAAUCAACAAAACGUAUGAAUGCGUUGAGUAGAUGAGCACUUAAAUUCCAUAUUACGUAGUCCUUGGAGCUUUGUUGUGUUAUGUUAAGCACCAGUGCAUACGAGCUACUCUAGAAUCGAUUUUGUUUCCUGUCCUAAAGUUGAAUGCAGAAUCAAUGAUGUCCUCAGCAAGAGUGCACUUUUGAAUUCUGUAACUCAUGCAAUUUAGCUUAACGUGAUAGGAAUUGUUGCUUUUUCGACUGUUAGCCUAUUUGUUUUCCGAUUUUAAUCUUUACUGUUUUGUGGCAGCUAAACUUUCAAACGAUUGGCAAGGUUCUGAAUUUGUCAUAUGGUACCAUUGUAUCAACAUUAGUUCUAUGAUGCACAGAAAAGGGAGAAUCUUUUUAUUACUGUUCCGUAUUUAAAACUUAAAGCUCUUGCACUCAAGUUGGUAACCUGAAUAAUAUAAGUGUCCACAGUGUUACACAUGUCAGCGUUUCAAAACAGAAAUUGUGGUUGUUUGUGCAUUCACCUGUUGAUAAGUUGAUUAUUUGCACAAAUCAUGCAUUUAUGAUGCAUCUUAGGUAGUUAUUAUUCAUUUCCAGCUGUAUUUGGUUUUGGGGAUACGGAGAAUGCAGUAGCCAGUUAUCUUCAGUUGUCUCGUGCAUCUCUUAAAUCUAUGUUUUCUCCAGGUUUCUACAUUCUGACAGUUCUUUACUCAAUCUACUAUUCACUAGAAGCAAAAUGAAGUGCAAUGCUUGCUGGCGGGAGUUGGAAGGACAAGCUGUAUCGACCACCUGUGGUCAUCUUUUAUGUACAGAGGAUGCUAAGAAAAUACUCAGUAAUGAUGGUGCAUGUCCAAUUUGUGAUCAAGUGCUUUCAAAAAGCCAUAUGAGACCUAUGGAUAUAAAUCCAAGCAAUGAUUGGACAAAUAUGGCCAUGGCUGGAGUUUCUCCACAGAUACUUAUGAAGAGUGCAUACAGAAGUGUCAUGUUCUAUAUUGGACAAAAGGAACUGGAGAUGCAGUACAACAUGAACAGAAUUGUUGAUCAAUGUAGGCAAAAGUGUGUACUUAUGCAGGCAAAGUUUACUGAAAAACUUGAAGAAGUGCAUUCUGCAUAUCAGAAGAUGGCCAAAAGAUGUCAGUUGAUGGAGCAAGAGGUUGAAAACUUGACGAGGGAUAAGCAGGAGCUGCAAGAAAAAUUUGCAGAGAAAUCCAGGCAGAAGAGGAAGCUUGAUGAGAUGUAUGAUCAACUGAGAAGUGAGUAUGAGUCGGUGAAGCGUUCGUCCAUGGAACCUACAAAUAAUUUCUUCGCCAGACCUCAGCCAGACUUGUUCACAGGCACUCCCAACAUGAUGGAUGGCGGGGACCCUCUGAGACAAGGGCGGAGAGACGAGGGAUGGGGUCCAGCACCAAGGCAAGGCCGCUCCACCUCCGGUCCGUUCAAGCUGUCCGCGGAAUCUCAUGUUCAUGCUGCAGCACCUCCGGUUGAUAUCAGACCCAGACAGCCGGCACGGCGCGUCUUCGGAGCUGCCAUGAACAAUCCGUCUGCGGCUCUGCGGGAUCUCAUAAUCUCGCCCGUCAAGCGUCCCCAGCUCUCCCGUAACCGUUGUAGAACUGGAAGAGCUGAUGGGAUGGAUGCUCUGCUUUGGAGUCUGCCAUUAGCUUUGUCAUGGUCUUGGUCAUUCCCUUGUAAAUUGUGUAAGAUCAAUCCUCUUUUUUUCUGCCUUUUUGGCAUCUUGUGUUGGUGUAGAAAGUCUUCAAGGUGAUCCCUUGGGAGUUGGGACGUGGUUAUCGUAGGAAAGCUCUGAUAAGCUCCAGAUGUAAGACAUUCUCCAUUUUUGAUAGCAGUUACUACAUAUAUAGCUAUGGUAGCACUGUACAACAUUA